GAGGGGCUUGAGGGGCUGAAGAGUCCAGGAGGAGAUUGAAGGGUUUGUGAGGGACACCUGAGGAGCUGAAGAGUCCAGGAGGAGGUUGAAGGGUGUUCCAGUGCUGGUUCCUUUGACACGACCCAGCUGCUGUGAGGUACAGCAGGUAACAGUAUUUAACUUCUUCUGAGUUUCAGAUAAAGAAUGGCUCAUUCUCGUUCAGCACGGGACUUUGUUGCACUUUCAGAUCUGCAUCCAAACCUCGCUCGUCCUAAUGUAAUCGGGGUGGUUAUUGGGAAAACAGAUGUCAGAAGCUUUCCAGACCGAAAAAACAUUGGCACUGAAAGAUACACCUUCAAUUUUACCAUUCGUGAUUCCCCAACUUGUUUCAUUAAUGUCCAGUCGUGGGGCAGAGAAGAAUACAUCAGAUCCCUCUCAGAAAGCUUCAGGGUUGGUGACUGUGUUACAAUUGAAAAUCCUUUAAUUCAGUCAAAGGAAGCAGAAAGAGAAGAAAAAUUCAACCCUGUAACUCCUAGUGGCUACAAAUUAUUGCUCAGUGAAAACCACUCUGUGGUUAAAACCUCUUCCUGCUACGAUACAGACACCAGGCUCCUGGCUCUGCUGCACCUGCCUGUCAAGGACCCUCAGGAUUAUUAUUCCCUGGGGGACAUCGUGGCAAAUGGACAAAGCCUCCAUGGGAGAGUCCUCAACGUGCUGGCAGCUGUGAUGGCAGUUGGGGAGCCCAAAUAUUUCAUGACUUCAGACAAAAGGAAAGGCCAGAGGUGUGAAGUCAAGCUGUAUGAUGAAACAGAGAGGUCUUUCCCAAUAGUAUGCUGGGAUAAUGAAUCCAUCCAGCUGGCACAGAGUUGGGUCCCCCAAGAAACAGUUAUAUUUGCAUCAGAUGUCAGAAUCAACUUUGACAAAUUUAGGAACUGCAUGACUGCAACUGUGAUAUCCAAAACCAUCAUUACAACUAACCCAGAAACAGCAGAAGCAAAUGUUCUCUUCAGCUUCAUCAAAGAGAGCGCCCAGGCAGGAGCUCUGCCCAGCCCAGUGAAAGAGCUGGCAAAUGAAACCAUUAACUUGGAGGCUGUAGUGGAUGUCUACACAGUGGAACAGCUGAAAGAAAAAGCUCUGCAGAGUGAUGGGAAGCUGGAGCCUCUCCAUGGAAUUAUUUAUGGCUACAUUUCCACCCUGGACAUUGACGAGAACGUGUCCAGAGUCCUGCGCAACAGAUGCUCAAUCUGCCGGUUCAUUGUGAAUGAAGCAUCAAACACCUGCACCUUCUGCAGUGAUGUCUCUCCAGAGGCCAAGUCCACCUUUGCCAGCUUUGACAUCCUGGUGGAUGUGACAGAUCACACGGGCACCCUGCGCUCCUGCUACCUGUCCGACUGUGUCGCUGAGGAAAGCCUGGGCUGCACAGUCCAUGAAUUCCUCAUGCUGGAAGAAAACCAGAAGACUGCACUGAAAUGGCAACUUCUCUUGGAACGAAGCAAGAUUUACUUCAAAGUUACUUUGUCACCCAAUUGGAGAACAGGAUUAAAAGUGAAUCUUCUUUCCUGCAGACUGGCGGAUCCUGUAGAGGCAAGUCAGAGCUUGUUGGGAAGAGAGUGGAAUUAUUAAUAAAUGUUGGGAAAGGCUUCCUUCACUCUGCUGUUAGAGAUGGAAUUGUUGUUGGAUGCUGUUGUUGGAUUUUGCCAAGUCUGUUCUGAUUGUAAAGAAGGAGUGCUUGUUACAAUACCUCCAAGUGGGCUUCUGAGUUCAUAUUUUUGGGUGAUUGUACUUUAAAAAAGUGUACUUGGGCCUCAGCUUAAAAGGUAAUUCUACCAAAUUCAACCCCUUUCAAGGGGCCUGGAAGGUUUCCUCGCUCAGCUGAGAUCUUUGACAAAAUCAGAAAUAACAAAUAGGUCAAAAAGAGAUCUGUUGAACUUCUGUGGUUUUAACUGCUUUGCUGCUUUUGUGUUAAAUAAAACCCCCCUUGAAACACUG